AUGAGUUUUCAAGAUUUAGAAGCUGGACGAGGGAGAUCGAGGAAGAUCAAUGGCGGUGGUGGUCGGCAAGACUCGACGCAAGCCGUCGCUUCUGGAAUAUUCCAGAUCAAUACCGGAGUUUCCACGUUUCAGCGUCUCGUUAACACGCUUGGAACUCCCAGAGAUACCCCGGAGCUCCGUGAUAAGCUGCACAAGACACGGUUGCAUAUAGGGCAGCUUGUGAAGGACACGUCAGCUAAACUUAAAGAAGCUAGUGAAACUGAUCAUCAAAGUGGUGUUAAUGUAAAUAAGAAGAUAGCAGAUGCUAAGCUUGCAAAGGACUUUCAAGCUGUGUUGAAAGAGUUUCAGAAAGCUCAGCAAACUGCUGCUGAAAGAGAAACUGCUUAUGCUCCUUUGGUGCCUCCUUCUGAUCAUCCCUCUAGGUAUGUGACUUUUGUGUUUAUGUUAAGCUCAGAUUCUCAAUUAAUGCAGGAGCUUGUAUUGUUAGACAACGAGAUUGCAUUCAACGAGGCUGUGAUCGAAGAAAGAGAGCAAGGGAUACAAGAAAUCCAUAGUCAAAUUGGCGAAGUUAACGAGAUAUUCAAAGAUCUUGCGGUUCUGGUUAACGAUCAAGGAGUCAUGAUAGAUGAUAUCGGUACUCACAUUGACAACUCUCGAGCUGCAACUGCUCAAGGAAAGUCUCAGCUUGCUCAGGCCUCAAAAACACAAAGAUCAAACUCAUCUCUGACAUGCUUACUCUUGGUGAUAUUUGGCAUUGUACUUCUGAUCGUGAUAAUCGUACUCGCAGCUUGAGUUUGUAAAGCAAGAAGAAGUCUUUUUGAAUAUUGUUCAUCGAUCUUAAAGCAUCAAUGACUGAAUUUACUUGGUAUAUAACGUAGUUUGCAGACAAACUUUAGAAGUUGGGUUUUGUAUUCGUUUGAUUUGGUUCGGUUGUAAUAUAGUGCGAGCGUGGUUUUGUUGUGCAAACUGUGUUGGAGAGUGAAAGUCUGUUGCUUGUGCUUUCUCGUAUCAUGCAAGAGAUUGGUUUCGAAGCUGUUUAAUAUUUGCCCAAAUGGUAUUUUGAUAUUCGAGAGGAAACAAAAU